AUGUACUGUUGUGGGGGGGGGCGGCGGCCUCAGGAACGGACCGGAAACUUGGUGCGGGUUUAUGACCCGGGGGAUGACAGCUGGUCGGAUGCGGCGCCGCUUCCUGAGGCGGCAGAUCACAUCGUGCUAAUUGCUCACGAAGGUGAGCUUUGGGCAGUCGGGGGCGCGUCAACUUUCGACCCGCGCUACGGUUCCCCUAACCCCAAAUUCACGCACGACCACUACCGCCACUCCAUAACCCAGCUCGCGGUAUAUAACCCGGCCGUUAACCAGUGGUCCGUGAGGCAGCCGCUGCCUAACCCCAGAGCUGCCCCGAUCGUAACCGUGAUUCAGCGUCCGGGAAAACGGCCGAGUAUGUUGGCGGGAGGGGGCGAAGUGUAUCUGGGCUCAAACGGGAUGGCGAUGACGUCCCUGUCCGAGUACGACUUCGAGGGAGACGUUUGGUUCUGCCACGUUGAUCCGCUUCCGUUUCCGGUCUUCGGAGCCGGUUCCGCUUUCUGGAACGACAAGUGGUACAUUCUCGGGGGUGGGGAGAGUUACAAUCUGGCGGCCACCGAUCGCGUCAUGAUUGUCGACGUGGCAGAUUUGCCUACCCCAGAACCGUGCGCUGCUCAGCAGGGAUCGCAGGACAGGGGGUGGUGGAAAAACAAAGCGGCGAGUUGGCAGCAGAACUUCCCCUACCCCAAGCAGUUUCUGGGAAAGCGUAAAUGA